UUCAACUCAACAUAUAAAUAAUAUUCGAAUCUUUAUGGCAUGCUUACAUCACCCUAUCACAUUACACUUGCUCUAAAAAGAAGACGGAAGUUGCGAGGAAGUUUCUGUGGGUAAUUCGCAAAGAGCCUCCCAUUUCAGUACCAACAACGCUACAGUCAUCAGAGCCGAUUUCAGCUAUCGGUCCAGCACCUCACGAGGCGCGCAGUAGGGAGUAUUGCACAGAAAAAGGAACGCCCGUAACAAUUACGCAGCAGCGAGCCCGAACCCAAGCUUUUUUGGCAAAUCGGUGCGGUCAGUCGUUCACUUGUUCCACUGCCUCCGAUCGGCGUCCCUCCUCCACCGGCUCUGCCGCUGUCACCGCCGGCCCGCGGGGCUGCCAGGUCCAUGGCGUCCGCCUGCGCGCUCACCACCAUAGCCAUCCUCGCCGCGAUCCUCUUCUACGUCCUCCUGCUGCUCAGCCGCACCAUGGAGCUGCGCUUCGCGGCCAGCUAUGCCAUGGUCGACUGCGCACCGCCCCCUUCCUCGGACGACGGCGCCGCUGCCUUCCGCGGCACCCUCCUGCCGCUCCUGGCCGCGCUGCCCGCAGCCGCCGCGCCGACGGGGUUCGCGUCCCUGCAGUCCGGCGGCGGCGCGUUCGCCCGCGGCCUCUGCCUGGGCGAUCCCGCGCCGCAAGACUGCCUGGCGUGCCUCGCCGCGGCCGCCAAGAAGCUCGCCGGCUGCGGCGCUAGCAGGCGCGCCGGCGUCUGGAGGAGCGAGGGCUGCUUCCUGGCCUACGCCGACGGCAACACCUCCUCCGCGCACGAGGACGCGUUCCGCGACGUCAUCUCCUUCGGCGAGGAGGUCUACCCCGCCGUCAUCUCCGUCGACGACGGCACGCUGCCCUCCUACCCCAACUGCUUCGACACGCGGGCGCUCGUCGCGCUCGCGCAGUCCCUGGCGGGGCGCGGCGCGGCCAACUGCUCGGGGGCGCGCGUCGUCACCGACGCGGCGGCGCUCUCGAGCAACGCCACCGGGAAGAACGCGGUGAAGCUGCGGGCGCAGUGCGCGAGGGACCGCGCGGCGGCGGCGGAGUGCGCCCGGUGCCUGGGGGACUCGGCGCGGGAGGUGCGGGCGUGCGGCUGGGGCCUCGACGGCGAGCACGAGCGCGUGGCCGACGUGCUCGGCUACAACUGCUUCCUGCGGAUCGAGACCUCCGUCCCACCACGGCCCGUGGCGAAAUAUGUCAAGCAACCUGUGGUUUUGGCCCUGUGCGCCGCCAUACUGCUCGUGCUGGUUGUAACAGCGGUGAUCGCGUGCGUGAGAAAGAAGAGGGGCACCGGGAAUGUGGCAGCAGCAGCAGCAUCAGGUGCGUCUUCUGUCUCUCGGCUACGUCAGCAAACGAACGCUUCUCCUGCUGCAAACUGAGGGAGAUGGAGUCACCGGUCACCACCACCACCACCUUUGGAGUCAUACGACCACCCUGCUGAUCUGUUUCGCCGCGUGCGGAGAUGGAGAUCGAUCGUCGAUGUUUUUUUUUUCUGUUUGAGAUCCAUGCUUUCGUAGCUAGUAGCUGAACUAGUAGUGAUUGUCAACAUUAUAUCGUCCAGGGUGAUACCAACAUGAACCCAUGUACUGAUUGUCAACUUUAUGUCCUAGAUCAGUUUCAGUAGCUA